AUGGACGCCUUGUAUGAUGCCUUAAUUGAAUGGGCUCCUAAUAUUGCACAUAGCAAGCGAUUCUUUAACUCAGUCACGAACAUUCUCCCAACCGCACCCCCAACUCCGAGGAGACUGUCCCCCCAUCCUCCAUGGCUAUCAGCGACGUCUCUUCUCCCCUUCCCCCCUGCUCGUCGGCGAACGAAGUUGUAUGUGACACGAGUGCAAACAUACGAGUGGAUAAUACUUACCAGAUACCUAGCCUUGUCCCCCGGCAGCAGCCCAACUAACACCAACGAGCCCGCCGAGGUCGCCCCCGAUCCCCCCGCUCCCGCCACUCCCGCCGACCCUGCUGCGGUUGUGGAAUUCCUGGCCGCCCUGGCCGCCCCUCGACGGCUCUCACAAAGCCAUUUCAAUCUUUUCUCAAGCAUAUUGCGGACACGAAGCCACCCCUGUUGCCCGGGCGCCUAUGCCGCUCCCGCCAGUGCCGCCGACGUGGCCGCCGUGGUGGCCUUCCUUUUGGCCCUUGCGGCCCUUGCCCCCGCUGCCCAGACCGGGGAAAAUCUAGAGCCAGCCGCUGCUGCCUCCUCCCCGCCUUCAAAGAAGGCUAAGAAAGAAUCGCGGGGUAAAUGCCCCAGGCCUGGCUGCGGUGGCCUCUCACACGAGGGGAAGUGCAUCCCAUAUUGUAUGGAAGGCCAGAAAAGAACCACGGGGCAAAUGCCCGAAGGAGGGCUGUGGUGGGCUCUCCCACGAGGGGGAGUGUAUCCCCUACUGUAG